CUCUUGCAGUCCGUGCAUACUGGUAACAUCGUUCCCCUUAUCCUUUCCUCUUAUAUUAUGGUAGCAUAAGGGUGAUCUGGAGCAGGUUGUGCAUAAAAUCGCUUAAGAUCAUCGACGCUCUUCUUAAUGCUCAGGAGGAUCUCCUUUGUUUCACGAUAGGCCUGGGUACAAAGAUCCAGCCUGGACCAUUAUCUCUCACUGUCUAGAGUAAAUGCUCCAUGAGAAGCCUCAAUUCAUAGUUUGGUACUGGAACCCGAAUCCAUAGUCUUCUCCUCCUUGAUUGCUCCAGGGAGUCUCGGGGUAAUACCACUCGGACGGUGGUGGAUACCCCCAAUGGUUGGAGAAGCCAUGAGGAUCCAUGAUUCAGAUCUGCACCAACAAAAACAAAAACACUCAAAUGAAAAGCAAGGGUGGAAAAGAAAAGAAAAACGCUAAAGUAACAAACUUAUGCCUUUCCAAAUAAUCUAGAAAGUCCCCGACAACGGCGCCAAAAACUUGACUCACUCCUACUGUCACUUUAGAAAAUGUCCAAGUGUAACCACUUCCUAAAGUGUAGUAUAGCGGGUUUGGGUUUUAGUGUCAACCCGGGUCCUAGAUGUGAUGACUACUCAGUGAAUUCUUAUUAUUUAGCGGUGAAACUUUAGUGCAGGUUCAAACAAGUAAACAAACAAAGCAAGCAAGAAAGUUGUUUUCAAGUCGAGAGAGGUCACUCAAAUAUGGUUCCCCCUAGACUGUAGUUAAGCCGGAUUGCAAUUUACCAAGUUCAGUUUCUAUGAUAGUUAUACUGCGGGAGGUUUUUAAACAGUCCAAAGUCUCGACUAAAGGUCUAUAGCGGGUGACUAACCUCCACCGGAGUAAACAGAUUGAGGCCCUAACGAACAAAACCUCCACUACCGAAGCAAGUUCGGUACAUAAUAGUGAAUUGGCUCCUCGACUAAAGUCUGACAAUUCACUACCUUCAAUUAAGGGUGCUCUAUCAACCUAUGCAAAUAUUCUCUUUCUAGGCUAAAGCAGAAAUAACAGGAAUUUGAUCAGGAUUCAUGCCAUUCAAUCAUUCAAGCCUCAAUUGAAUAUAAUCAAAUCAUAAAAUUUGUACUUGGGAUCAUACAAUCAGACCUAACAUACAAAUCUAGGGUUCUCCAUACCCGGAUGAAUGGGAAAACUACUCCAUGGAGAGAGAAGCAAAAGCAGAUACAGAUGCGGAAACCAUACUAUGAAGGAUGGGUUUCUGCUCCUGGUCGUCAAUCGGCACUUCUCCAAGUAUGAGCCGAGCUCCAAUGGUGAUGAAGAUAAAGCUAGGGCACUUGGGAACUCUGGUUCGUCGCUCUCUCUCUAGGAAUCACUCUGUCUCUCUAAAACUCGGAACACUUUUUUUUUGCCUUCUUUUCCCUUAAAAUGCUGUCUGUCGUGAUCCUCAGCCUAAAUACUCGGUCGGGUAUUUUGGGUGGAGACCGGGUAUGUGCAAAACGCACCGUCGUGUGACAGGGAAAAAUCCCCGGUCAUGGCCAAGAAUCCCCGACCGGGGAUUUUUUCUUCCUGCCGGGCCCUUUUCUGUUUCUCAAAAAUGCCGAAGCGUCAAAUCCCCAGUCAUGGCCAAAUAAUACCCGGCCAGGUAUUUCUGCUCAUGGUCGGGUAUUAUUGCUCUCCAGCACACUUCAAACCUCACAUGUUCUUUUUGACCCGAAUCUCGUUCAUUCGCCUUGAUGCCAACGGUAAGCUCUGAAAUAUUACAUAAACGCACAACUUAGCGUGAAAUCGGCUUAAAAUACGAGAAUCAAUGUCUCAAACGGCUCAAGAAUAGGGGUAAAAACAUGUGAAAUUAAUUGGUUAUCAGUGGUAGUUCAAUCAACUACGGUGGAGGUAGUAGUGCAGGAUGGUUGUCAUCGGAAGAAUACUCGUAACAGGAUCAACCUGCCGAUGGCGUUCAAUGGCCUGUUUGGGGGCCUGAGUGGGCUGAAAUCGAGAAUACCAUUCGAGCAGAGCGUACUUCACAUGAGCGAGAAGACGAUGUUGGUGAUGGUGGUCAUGGUGAUCCUUCUGGGCCGAGCUAUCCAUUUGACUCGAGCGAUGAUGAUACCGAGGAAGAUUUGAGAUCAGUUAGCGAGGAGGAAGAUACUGAUGAUAACGACGACGAGGCGGUAUUUCGUGAGGAACCGACGCCAUACUACACACAGGUUCCUACUCAAUUUUUACAUAGUCUGAAUGAUGCCCCCGACUUUGUCCCUAUGCCGAUGUAUAAUCCGACGGCCAAUUUGGAGGUGGGUAUGACGUUCUCUUCGAAGGACGUUGUGCAGGAUGCCUUUACCGAAGAGGUCUUGAGUCGCAAUUUCUAGUGGAAGGUAAAAUAUUCUGACAGUAAACAAUUACAUGUCAUAUGCAAGAAUGAUGAGGGCUAUACGUGGCAACUGCGGGCCACAAAUAUGAAGAGAAAGGGUGCCUGGGUGAUUCGAAAAGCAGAGACCAACCACACUUGCUCCUCGUCCAUACGUUCCCAGGAUCAUAGGCAACUUAAAGCAAAGAAAAUUGGGAGACCUAUUAAACACCUUAUCGAAGCACAACCAGAUAUCAAUGUCAAAACUAUCAUGGCCGAGGUGAAACAUUGACAUUCUUAAACGAUAAGGUACAAAAAAACAUGGCAUGGAAAGCAGAAAGCCAUGGCUGAGGUGUAUUGUGAUUGGAAAGAUUCGUAUGCUUUACUCCCUAGACUUAUGGCCGCAAUGGAGGAGUCCAACCCUGAGACUGUUUUCGUGUCAGUAUACAACAAUGUAUACCCUGAGGAUCAAGUUUGACUACAUGAGAAGUUGAUGUUUCAAAGUCUUUUUUGGGUUUUCAAACCAUGCAUUGACGGGUUUGCGUUCUGCAUACAGGUUAUUCAGGUAUUUUAAUACAUAUUUACUAUUUGAUAUGUUUCUAUUCUUGCAGACCAAGUAAAUUUCAUACUAAUUACUUCAUAAUAUUUAAUUAGGUUGAUGGAACCUUCCUUACUGGGAAGUACAGAGAAACUCUUCUCAUUGCCACUAGCGUUGAUGGAAACAGGCGGAUUUUCCCGCUUGCAUUUGCAAUAGUGGAAGGGGAGAAAGCUUAAGUUGAGCAUUAUCUUUGACCAACUACACGAACAUGUGACACAACGGGAGAGUAUUACGAUUAUAUCUGGUCGAUACGCGGGGAUUAGGAAUGUCGUGUGUGGUUUUCCCGACGAGUGAGGAUGGACAUGACGCUUGUGUAUUCGACACUGGCUUGCCAAUUUUCAACACAAAUUUGGAAAGAAAAAAGAGAUCAAAAAUCAAUUGUGGCAUGCAGGUACUAAUGUCAUUUAAUGCGAGUUAACUAUGUGUUUAAUAAUUUGUUGUUUAUCCUGUAUUGACCAUUUUUAUAUUGUUCACCUUGCAGUGGUUGCACAUCAGCCAAAAAAGUACGAGCAGAAGAUGAAGACGAUCCGUCAGACUCACCGAGCUGGAGCAGUAUAGGCUGAAGGUCAAGAGUUGGCCAUGUGGAUGUUCCAUAUGGACAACGGGACCAGAUGGGGCAUUGCAACUACCAACCAUAGAGAAAGUAUAAAUAAUGUGUACAAGGGCCUUCGAGCGAUGCUUAUUUUUGUCAUAGUGGAGAUAUCAUACUAGAAGGUCAACGAGUGGCGGGUGGCUCGGCUGCAGCUAGCGAUAGGAAAGGAGAUAUCUGGUCAUCCGAUAGCACAUGACGUUAUUGAGCAAAUGUAGAAGAAUGGAGAAAAAUCAAGCAAGCAUAAAGUUGUUCUUUUCGAUCGUAGUGAAGGGAUAUUUGCAGUGGAAACAUGUGUAUGGGGUCGAGGUAGACGUGGCCACAAUCGUCAGACGGUUACUCUGCACUAUGAAUCAGGGGAGUGUACAUGUCAAAAAUAUCAAAACGAGAGGAUACCCUGUUCACAUGCAAUGGCAGUAGCUAAGUCAUUAACCAUGAACAGAAACACUCUGGUGAGUCCUUACUACACUGAACAAGCGAUACGGAACUCAUAUGAUGCAGCUUUGAGUCCCAUGCCAGUUGAAGCGUAUUGGCCUAUAAACGCUGGGAAGUUGA